AGUGAGACUUUUGAUGAGAAGGUAGAAUAGACAGUAUAGAAGGCAUAAAGCGAGCUAAUUUAAAGUGUUUCCACUUUAACAUGUAAACAUUUUGUUUUGUUUUGUUUUGACAGGAUGAAACUCAACAGCCAGGUGUUAAGGAUCUUUCGCAGUUCAGCAUGGAGUCGUGCCUGGCGCAGUCUUGCAGCGUUUUUGCUUGGUCUGUUGCUUGCCUUCAUUUAUGGUGCAAUAGCACUGUACAUACAGAAACAUGCGCUUUGGUACUGCAUCAUCACCACGGUAACCAUCGCCGCCUUCACAGCGUUUGGAAUGGGUCUCGCCGUUAGCGUGCGGACCAACAUCACACUCAUGCUUCCCAUGCUGUGCUCCAGGGAAGGUAAAAAAAUCCUGCUCUUCCUCAUCAUCACCCUUAUGGUUCAAGGCCCCUUGAACAACACUCUGGAGAACUUUGACCGAGCAGCAACCAGCGUGUUGUGCGGAGCCGAGUUAGCCAUGAACCAAACCCAACAACUCAUGCAGCGAGCUUCCACUCCUCUGCUGCCUGUGCUGGAGAAGGUAAGAGAGGUCAGCAGGAAUGCCUACUCACUGGCAGGCAGAGUGCAGAACUUGAUCAGCGCCCUUACAGAGUCUGUACGCCAUGUCUCUCGUUCUCUGAGAAGCGUGCUGUACUUCUUGGCGAGCAUCGGCGAUAUCUGUAAUGUGAAGAUGGGGACACCGUAUAAGAAAUGUAACUCUGUGUUUGACGAGGGCCGCGCUGACUGUAUGGAGCUGCUCUCAGUGUUCUCUUUCCUCUGCCACAUCGUGGAUGGCUUCAGGCCACUCUGUGGCCUCACGCGCGUUGGUGAGUUCUUCUGUGUCAUACCUUCAUAUAUUGGCAACCAUCUAAAGACUAAACUGGCUUUCCCAAUUAUUGCAGCAUUCAGUCAAAUGAAGAAAGAGUUUGAAUUCAAUAUGUCAGCCUCUGUGCGCUUUGAGAUGAAUCUAAACAGCAGUCAGUCUGGGCAUGAUAUGGCUCAGAAGAUCAUGGAGGAGGUGUCACAAGACCGAGAGCGUGUCCUGGACCUCAUGGGUCUACUGACCUAUGUGGGCUUCUUUUUGUUGCUGUUCUUGUACCUAAAGGCAGUCCUGUACAAAAACCGUUACCUUCAUUCAGACGAUUUUGACAACUUCUACAUAACAGAGCAAUUUGUAGAGCUGGAUCGCAAGUUCUCUAGGCAAGGAAAACCAGCAGUCCUGCCCCUCAGUAAGAAAGAGGCUUUGACCUACAUCACACCUUACUGCUUGCGGUUGAUGGCUCGAGAGAGGCGGACAGUCAUGACCGGCCUGGUGUCCGUGCUUAAGCACAUGGUAAUGGGCUGUGUGGUGAUUGCAUUAGACCUCAUGGUGUUCUGGGUGUUUGACAUUCUACAUUAUCAUGCUCAAACAGAGAUAGUGGCCAGAGCUCCUUUGGUUGUGGACAUACAAGUGAAUGGCUCAGGCUAUGCUUCUGACAUCUUUAAAGAUAUUGUGGCCUCCUUUGACGUUCUGCAGAAGGGGAACAUUACAAUCCUUAGCAAGAAGUGCCUGAUGGAACCUCUGGAGCCAGAAUACAUGGUCUACCUAUUCAUAGGCUUUCUUUAUGGUCUUGUCUUUUUCCUGGUGCUUGCUGGAGGUUAUGCAAAACGACUGCAGAGGUUUGUGUGUGCACGGUACCACCCUCAGCGGGAAAAAGUGAGGAUUCUGCGACUCCGCAGUCGCAUCCUAUCUCAGCGUGGCUCGCUGGGGAAAACUUUGCUGCGGGUGGUGGCCAGGGAAAAAGAGAACCAGGGAAAUGGCAGUGUACUGCAAACGUUGAUACUGCGUCUGCCAGGUGGAGUCACCAUAGCCAGAUUCAUGGGAUUCUGUGAUAAGUCAUGCCUGGCCUGUGGGAAAGCUGUGAAGGUCGAAAACAGUUCGGAUGUGUACACCUGCUCUACUCAAAACUGCACAGGGUGUUUCUGCAUGCAGUGCUUCAGGGUAAUGGGGAACAUCUGUGCUGUCUGUAUGGGCCCCCUGACAUUCCAAGAAGACUCUGAAUAUGAGCUAGACUCCAGUGAUGAGGAGCAAGUGAAUCUGUGGGAGGUGGCUAUGACAUCACCACACAUCAGUCAAAAUGCUGACAGGAUGAGGCUGAUGAGGAGGAACCCUGUAAAUACUGAGGACCUGAGUGAUUCACACACCAGCAACUCUGAGCUCAGAGCCAGUGAAGACCAGUGAGAUAACUUAUAUGCACCAAAGCUUGAAAACAUAGUUUGAGACCUGUGCAAGACAGAAGCCACUCAAUCACCUUCCAGUACAAAUCCAGCAUUUAUUACUUUAACCCAAUAAUUGUAUAAAAGCAUGCUCAUCACUGUAUUGUUUGUGUUUUCAUUGCGAAACCUUUAAAAAAAAAAAAAAAUUAUUGUUUUUCAGAUGUACUAUGAGAAUGUGGUCGAGCUGGUUGGGUGUUGAGUUAUUGCUCUACUUUUUCAUGGCCAGCGGCUUUGUGGAAUUCUCGGUAUGGGCGCCUCUGCACUAAAACAAUAGCUCAGGAUGUCCAAAUGCAUCUUAGGAUCUUCUGCUUGUGCUCUGACAUGGCAGAAAAAAAACAUCACAAACAAUUCGUGCUAACACACAAAACUUACCAUUGACC